AUGGCGGCCGCCUCAUGUCCGGCCGUCAUCUCUGUUGCGGGAGCCAAGGUCGCGCUGUUUGUGUCCGAGCUUUCCCACGCGGUGUUUUACCUCUACCCGUACAGCGUCAUUGUCCGGAGGUUUUUGGAGAAAGAGGUGCAUGCGCACGUCAGGAUCGUGACGAGCGAUGUGGUCGCGGACAUCGUCGCGGGUCGCGAUGAGGCGAUCAAGGCCUUUGCCGGUGUGAUGGAGUGCAGCCUGGUUGCUUUCUGCAUCUGGGCCGAGGACUUGUCUGACAAGAAGUGCUCGAACGCGAGCAUGCUCAUUAUGCUUCACCCCACCCACCUGUCGACUGACGGUGACGAGAAUUGGCACACGCGGUUCGUCCGUGUUGCUAUUCCAUCUGGUGGACGGGAACACGUCACCGCGGCCGAGGCGAUUGUGGAGUGGUUUCAGGGUCGCGUGGACGAGGAGUUUGCUAGCGGCUCCAUUCAGUGCACCCGGUCCAGCCAGCUUAAGGAUCCCAAGCGGCUGUACGAUAUGGACGCUACGUUAUUGAAGGGCUCCUGUGGCAACCUCGCUUGUCUGUUCGCGUUCGACAAGAUACUUGCGCAGCUGGACGCGGUUGCUGCCAAUGGAACCGGGCCGCAAUUCUCGAGGCCUACCGCGAAGACUCUGAAUGCACUGCGGCAUGAGGCCCACCAAACCGCCGAAGAGCUCGCGUUCAACUUGAGCGUGGAUUUGCCGCGAACCAAACACGGCGGUGAGGCUGAUGGGGCUGAAACGGGGAACAUGCAGAAAGUAACAACGGGUGCGCGGGUUGCUGACCAUGGUGUUCUCGCUCUCACAGGUGCCGCUGGUGUAUCGAGCCGCGGAGGUGCUCGCGGGGGGACGGUGGUCCACGCUGAUGACGACGGGGCAGAGGAUACCGCGACAAAGGGUGCACCCCGCGAAGAGGCUGACCGCACUGCAGCGGGUGAGGGGGAGGAGUCGAGCGAGGAGGAGGCGGGGGCUCACGUGGUCGCGGCCGGGGCAGCCAACAGGCCCACCACGUCCGGCAAGAGCAUCAGGCACCUCGCGCAGCACUUGGCACCCGGUGCUGGAAGCGCGGGACCGAGUGGUGAGGUCGCGGGCAAGAGUCCCGUGACUGGUGCCCGUGAUCACAAAUCCCUGUCCGCGUUGCCAUCGCACAAGCUAGCAGCCGAGAUCCUGCAGCUCGACUGCAGGCUUGCAGCGCAGGCGGAAGAGAUCGCACGGCUGAAGAAUCGUCAGGAGUCGGUGGCUGGUGGGGUGGCGGUCGUGGGCUCCGAGGAGAUCGCGACUGCGCUUGCUCAUGCGGUGAGGCUGUUGGAGAAGGAGGCGAAGGCGGUCGCGUUCGAAAGGGCGGCGCUGUGCGAUACGCGCAACCAGGAGGCCUUGGUCCUGAGGCGCGUGGACGCGAGGUUGGCCGAGCGGGCAAUCACAACCAGCGGGGUCACCAACGCGCUGCACACCCUCAUCGCGCUCGUCGGAGGAAGCCCACCCGCGCGCACGGACAAUGGUGAACCAGCCGCGACGGACACCGCCGAGCCCGGGGAUGCUGAGCAUGGAAAGCGGGCGGCGGGUGUGAAGGGCGAGAGUCAGCGGGGCCCGAAGAGGCAGAGGGGUCCACAGGCAGCGGCCGCGGUGCGCCACCCGAGCGUGCAUGACAUUCUCAAGAACAAGUGGGGCGCUGCAUCGCGAGGAGCUGUACCGCCUGGUCAACCUGGGUCGAGCUCGCGCUCCAUCCCACCUGGAGAAGCCGCACCCAUUCCACCGGGUCCUGCCGGGGCAGCCGCGACAGUGACAACCGCUGUGGGUAAGGGCAAGGGUAAGGUGGAGGAGGGAGAGGUGCCGGCCGCUGCGGGUUCGCUGGCCGCGAGGCGUGAGGGGCAGUCCGCGGCGGCUGCUGCGGCGGAUGGAAGGCAGACCGCUCUCGCACCCGCUCUUUCCGCGAUCACCGCGGGACAUCUGCACAGCGCGCUGGCAUCUGCAGGUCCGAGCGUGGCCGCGGGCGAGGCCAAGACGGAAAAACGCGGGCGAGGCAAGAAGUUGCCCCCUCCACCAGUGUACACCAUCGACGAGGACGAUGCGGACGAAGAGCUCGAGAAUCUCGCGAGCCGGUGGGUCGGGGAGGAGGGCGACGGAGGAGAGCAGGGUGUGGUGGACGCGGUCGAACUUCAUAGCGGCGGGGAGAGCGCGGACGAGCAGGACGAAGACCCCGUGGUCGUGCCAAGUGGCCCAACGGGGGGACAGGGUGACACAGUCAGCAAGCGCAAAGGCUGUGGUAUCCGCCAUCCUCCCGGGGGCGGUCCUGGCUUGGUUUCUGAACCGCAUCUGGGGGGGAAAAAGCGGUGGCUUGGACAAGGCGACCGCGACGACCUGCAGUACAAGACCGCAGUCGCGAUGAUGCCGUACGACCUGAAGGUGGAUCCCGGGCUGCACCUCAGCUCUAAGCAGAUGCGGGAGUGGGCCGCGGACCUGUCCGCUGCCGAGGGGCUACACACGGGCCUCCUCAUCACCAUGCAUCACCGCAACCUCGUGGCCAGCAGGGAAAGGUGGACCCGCAUGUUCAAACACUACCGCGAGCUGACCCAGCCCGGGUCGACCACCACCAACGAGAUUGCAUGGGCCGCGGUGGUGGGCACGGAGGCUGCUGCAGAAGAGACGGAGCUCUACCGCGAUGUGGAUCCGAGGGAUUACGCGGGAGCGAUCGCGUGCGCGAUCGCAAUGGUGUGGGAGCUGACGCGCGGUUCUGCGGUCUCGACCGCGUCGGAUUCUGGCAAUUUGGCCGCGCGAGCGGUUAACUGCCAGAGGGAUCGAUGCCGUCUGUUCCCCGUUGUAACCGCGUACGUCAUCAGGGCUGUGCGGAGGCGCAAUUCUCGCGAGAAGCAAGCUGGUGACGACGAGACGAAGGUAGUCGCGGAUCCGAAGGUGGUCGCGGAGGCGAUUGCAUCUGAAGUCGUGAACGACGUCGUCGCCAAGUCUCGCGACCUCAGGCACAUUGAGAUGGCUGCUCGCGAAACGGUGGACGUUAUCAUCACCUGGUGCGACUGCUCGGUUGCAGGGAAGGUCAUGGAGGCCAUUGGGCUUUACCUUGCCCUGCCCAAGGAUCGUCCGAAGAAGCGGACCUGA